AUGGCGACAGUUUCAAAUAGUUCUCUUAGAACAAGAGCAAGCAGUAAUAGUAGUGGCGGAAGUGAUUCAGAUCAGAAAGCUGUACUUCCCGCAGAUCAUAUUAUGUUUCGUCUAUUAGGUGAUUUCAAAGAACAUACAAAAGUUAAAAUAGAUAUCUUUGUUAGAGAUGAUAAAAUAAAGAUUGAAGACUUUUUCGAAGGAUCAGAUUCAAAGACAUUCAACAAUGUUUUAGAAGGUUUGACAGAGGUAUCGAAAUACUAUUUGAAUUUGAUUGCCGGUGCAUUAUUACAGUGGAGGUCAUCACAGCAUGUCAUUCCUGCGAAAAGUAUAUCAAAGCCAAAAUUAGAUGGUACCGAUACGAAAAAAGAUAUUACACCGAUUGUAGAUGAACGUUAUAAAUUGAUUGUAGAUUAUAUAUUUUGUAUUUCGCUGUUGACGAUUUUGAAUUCGUUGACCAAAGACAAUUUGAAUGAUACGAUUGGAACGCAGAUCGAAUCGAUAUGUUACGACCACUUCAAGUUGGAGCGUAGAAUGACAUCAUCGUCGACUUCGCAAUCGACUAUUCCAGACUUGUGUGCAUCGAUCUUGGGUCAACUCUCCAAGUACCGCUUACGAUCGGUAUCGACUCGUUUCUUUAAGGAAUUUCAAAUCUGUCUCUCAUCAAACACACUCAAAUCAAAGACAUUUCCAAUUUUACAGGGUAUUAGAUUUUUAAAAGUUAGAAUAUCAUCAACAACUAAACUAAAACAAUCACAAGAAUUUAUAAAUUCAUUUUUGGAUCUAUUUAAGAAUAACAAGAUUAAAGGAGAUCUCAGGAGAGCGAUAUCCGAAAUUUUAGCAAGUAUAUUGCGUCCUUUGACAGAAGAGAAAUUUAAACCAGAUGUUGUAUAUACCGAGUGGAUUGGAAGUAUAAAGGAACUAUUUGAUUAUAUAUCAAAGAAAACAAAGAAAACCAAAGAUAUUGUUACAUCAUAUCCAUUAUUAUCAAUUUUAUUAUGUUGUUCAGAGAAAGAAGUAUUUUUAAAGAGUUUCUGGGGUUUGAUGGAUAAUUUCAUAAAGAUAAAGGAUAAGGCAAUUCGUCCUUAUGCUUUGGAAUCCAGUCAGUAUCUGCUGGAAUGUUAUCUUACAAAGUAUAGCGAGCAGCCUGAGGAGGUGGCCGAACGACUGCAUCAGUUUGUUUCACAUAUAUUCCCAGUUGGACACACCAAGAAGCUAACGGUGAGUGCAUCCGACUCGCUCAACAGUUUUAUCGAUAUCAUUUGUGUCAUUGCCAGUAGUCGGCUUGACUUUUCCUUUGAGAAAAUCAUAUUCGACUUGCUGAGAGGCGGCGAUCCCAAGGAUACACUCGGUUACAUUUCGAAUCCCGAACGAAUGAUUAUUGGACUGCGUGCAGUGCUGCUCAUCGACCAGGCAGGCACCAAUCCUCUCACUCCGAAACUACUGCAGUCGUUUAGCAAUAGUCCGGGUGGCAGUCCCGCAACCAGUCCGAUUCCCGACCCCGUCGUUUCGUCCAACAAGGUUCGCGCCGUUCGUCGCCAGCGCUACGGCACGCUAAACAUGAAGAAACAAUCGACUGCAUCACUCAUUGAACCCUAUUUGAUGUCGACGCGACCCGACUUGCGUCCAUACAUCAUUGGUGGAUUGGGUAAAUUUGCAUUGUCACUCUCCGAUCGUCAGUCCAAUCUCAUUCAUAUCGUUUUGCUGAAGAUGGCAGAGCUUAUGGAACUAUGGGCAAAGUCAAAGACAAUGAAAUUCCAAGUGGCCACAGACGACAACGAUGACCUGUUGAAAUUCAAAACGGACGGACCAGACUACGCUCCCGAAGUGGCAUUUGUAGAGUCGGUUGCACUCGUAUUCCUCUGCAGUUCAAAUGGCAGAGUUAGACGUAUCUCCUUUAGUAUUCUCGAUACGAUUAGAACGGUACACGACGCUUUCAUCAAUGCGCAGCAACAGCAUCAUCCCGACUUGGUCGGCGAGUUGACACCGCACAUCAAAGACAUCAUCGAUGAGAAUGGCAAUGAAGUUCUCUAUCGGCAUGCACAGAACUUGACCAGUCAUUUCGAGAAUAAAUACAAGAAGCAAAAGUCGACACAGGAUUUCGAGAGACUGGCAGAGUCCGAGUCGAAAGAAGAUCAGCUACUCUGGAGCUCUUGUCUCUCGGAUAUUGUGAGAGCGGCAUCGGAGUUGUGUCCACAUUCCGUCAACAAGUCGACAGAGUUGAUUCUCCAGAGAAUCAGACCGAUCCAGCCCGAGGAGAAUCCAAAGACACAGUCGACAGCGGAAGCCGACGCCUUGUCUAUCUGGUGGCGUAACUACAUCAUUUUCGCGUGCGCCACCAUCCAGGUCACCGACAACCAAGCCAUCGAUAUCAAAAAGAAGACAACAGACAUUCCCGAUUCCGCACCGACAUCGGCCCGUGAACUAUUCAACCUGAUCAUCCCCUAUUUGAAAUCGACCGACAAGUUCUUUGUCGAGUCAACGCUGAUGGCGAUGGAAAAGACACAUCCCAGAGUGUUGGAGGUGUUGUUUGAUUUGAUGAGACCGUUCGAACACGAGUUGAACAUCACCAAGAAAACAAAGAAGAAGACCGAUGGAUUGAGAUCGGUCAUCGGAAUACGAAGACACUGUCUCGAGUCACUGAAACCUGGCGAACUCGUCAGAAGAGAAGUCCUGAAACGUUCAUACGUCGAAUUCAUACAGGAGGUAUUGCAAUUCCUAAAUUCUCCAGAGGCAUCAAGUAACGAUUAUAUCUGGGAUAAUCUACACGACAUUAGAUUCAACUUUUGUGUUUUGAUUCAUCGUAUUGUACAACAACUUUAUUUUGGUGCCAAAGAAUUUUUAGACAAGAAUUUGAGAAAAGAUUUAUUUAGAGUAUUUAGUAAAUGGAGUGAAAGUGAAGAAGUACUUAGGGAGGAAGCAGUCUCAAGGAGACUGAGUGUAUUUUUACAACAGGAGGAAAAGGAAGUUACCAAACGAAAGGAAUAUGAAAUGAGAAUAUUCGAACAUGCUUCACAACUUAGUAAUGUUGCUUCACAUGCAGUUUCUGUUAUCUUGUUGGGACCACCGUUUGUCGAGAACUUCAAGGAUCCAAGUGGUGUCAUUUUCCAGUGGAUCAACAGCAUGUUUGUCUCCAAGAUGAAAACAAAGAUUCGAUCGGUCACUCGUCUGGCGCUGCAAAACUUUUUGAAAUGCAAUCUCUCACAUCCCGAAUUAAUCUAUCAUUGUGUCAAUCAAUGUUAUUCUCUGACAACCACCGUCGCCAACGGUUAUUUCCUAACUCUGGUGGAACUCUGCCAAGAUUCAGUAUUGAAAUUCGGAUGUUCUGAAUCGAUUCUAACGAAUCUUGUCAUAUUUAAUUCCGGUACUUUCACGUCGGUCGUUAGACAACAGGCGUUGCAGCUGUUGUACUUUAUCAAGGCUGCCUCGACUAUCGACCAUUACAGCGAUGGAUACUACCCGUCGGCAGUGGGAUCGGAGCUGACCGACACCUAUCAUACAUCGCAGUGUAACCUCGCCAAAACACUGUCACUCGAGAAUCCAGAGUUGUGCUACGAGUUCUUUAUGGAUGUGGUGUACAGGCUUGAGGGUGGCGACGUCGUCAACCACAAGGAUCAACACAACCAAAUGUUGAACUAUGUAGCGCCGUGGAUCGAACAGAUGAAUCUGUUACACUUGGCAUCGGUCAGUGCAGCCACUCUCGAAGUUGUACUACAAGGAUUGGUAUUGAUAACGAUGAAACACUAUACGCUGCAUCAACAUCUCAUCGAGCGAAUCUGGAAGAUCCUCGGUCUCAACCAAGACAACCUAUCGAUCAUCAUUGAUUUCAUAUUGCGUGUUAUGGAAAAGACAAGAAACCAUGAUCUCAUCCCGGUUUUCAAGAGAAUCUGUGUGUAUCUAGGUCGUUCGUCACCACAGAAGCUGGUGGAUUGCUUGGUCAGUGAGUUGUCAUCGACUUCUGCUGCUCAAAACUUUACAGAGUAUGGCGAAACAAAGACACUUGGCAAAGGUACGAAACUCACCAGCAGCAAAUCAUCGAUUCCCUUGGCAGGCUCUGAUAUCUACAAUGCGAGUAUGUCGAUUUCCGUUGCUUUCCAUACGGCUACCGACCUCUCGGAACGUGCCACCAAGAACUAUCCACUUACGAGAUUCCAACUGCCUUUGAUCUUCCUCUCGGAGGUCUCGUUUGAGGUCGGUGAGGAAUUCAAGAGUCAUCUACCAUUAUUGCUACAAUUGAUAUUCUUGGGAUUGUAUUACAAUCAUCAACCGGUACAUGAACAUUGCCGUAUGCUUCUACUGAAUCUGAUACGAUCGCUCGUUAUCAAGAAGUGUCAGUUGACUGGCAACACAGAGUCGUCGACCUACGAAGAUGCCAUUCAGCUCGUUGAUUUCCUGUUGCCGUCGGUCUAUCGAUCCGAUGAAUCCUCUUCGACUUCCAACCUCAAGGAACUCACCACCAAGAAGGAGAUUAGCAAUCCAAAGUAUGUUGUCAUGUUGACCAAACGUGUCGUUACAGUUCUCUCUAGUGGAUCGAAUGACUUGAAGGAGUUGUGGGGUGCACACGCACUCAAUUGGGCGACCAACAGUCAGAAUAUUCGUUUGGCAUUGCGAUCCUAUCAGAUUCUCCGUGGAUUGGAACCAACUACCACCAUUGAUUCGCUGACGGAUGUCAUGCAAAGUCUUGGAAAGAAUCUCGCCAAUAUCACCAACGACAAUGUCGUGCUGAUCAGCGAGAUACAAGAGACACUCUUGAUCAUGGUGCGUUGUAUUCAUCCAUCAAAGUUGAUCCUAUUCCCCCAGUUGUUCUGGGGAACUCUUGCAUUGCUACACACCGAUUUUGAACUGCAUUUCAACAAUGCAAUCAAGAUGCUUUCAGUGCUGUUGGAAACCGUCAACUUCCAAGAUCGUGCCGUUCAGAAUACCUAUCUCAAACAGCUGGAUAACUUCCUCUCUGACCUGGCCGUUCCACUCUGUGAGAUGGUAGCAAAACAUCCAACCAUUGUAUUCUCUCUGCUCUUUAAUAUCUUGGAGUACGGACCACAGGAAUACCGUUAUCCAAUAUUGAAACUGUUGACUACUCUUGUCAAAGGUGGAGUCAAUCCAGCCGAGACAAAGUCGAGUCGUGUCGCUGACUGGUAUGAUACUAUCGCACUGUUUAUCAACGACCACAAAACACCUAGCUAUAUCGUUGCACAAUCGUUGCGUCUCGUCGAGAUAUCAUCUGGAAACUCACCGACCAGUCUUCAACAAAUUGAUAAUGCCAGCAUGAAACCUUCGCGUCUCUCACAAGUUGGUCCAAAGAAAUUCUCGAAUAAAGUCGAUCGUGGAACUCACCUAGCCAGUGUUUGUCUCUCGAAAGUACUGGAUUCCUGCACGAGAUCAACUACUUCACUCUCCAAGUCAAUGUACACAACCACUCAGAUCUUUGAAAAGUUCUUCUCGUCGACCGACGACAUGGCACCACCUCCCAAACCAUACGAUAUCAACGACGAUAGCGAUGAAGUCUCCUCAUCAACUCAACACAAUCCAUCGUCGGAUCUCGGUGACUUUGACAGCGAUACGAUCCACUCGGCCAACGACACCACCUUUGAUGGAAACAUCUCAGAUUUCCAUCAUUUCCCUCACUUCCAAGGAUUCAGCGAUAUUCUCGAGGGACUUGGUGAUAUGUCAAUGAUUGGUGACGUUUCCGCUGCAAGUGCACACCAAGUGGAAUCGUCAACAGAAGAUUCCUCACCAGAGUCAUCUUUCUUGAUUACCAACUCUAGCUCCAGUAGUUUCAACUCCUCGAUUUCCAGUAAUCAUCCGUUGACUUCGCCAAUCACCAAGACACACCCAGCGAGAACUACCUCUAGUCAAAUACUUACACCAAGUUCACAUCCCUCCAUUGGAAAUAUCAGCAAUUCUUCACCCGCAGUAAUUAAUGGCGGUGGAAGUUCAACUGCAUCGACACCUUCAUCGUCAACCUCUUCGUUCUCAUCGACCAACACUGCUGCAAGCUCAAAGAAACCAGUUGGUAAUCCAAACUCACCCACUCUUACAAGACAUCAAAUGCAAUUCCAAACAAACUCGACACUCUCCACUCUCUCGUUUAACGUUACGGCCGCCAAGAGUUGGUGGAAUUCCUGUUCGGAACAAAUCGAAUUCCAAUCAGAGAAAGAGAUUUUCGAUGUCUUUGUUGCCGCCUCGCAACUUGUACAACAGAUUUCCAUUGAAUAUAAAACACUGUUUACUCAGUGUGUUCCUCUGAUGUCAUCGAUUGCCUCUGAGGUAUCGACAUUCUCAGUGGAGAUCUUUGAAAAGUCAGCAUUCACCGUGCCUCAGCUGGAAAUUCAGAAAUCCAAAGAAAUGUCAGAGAAAUACAAACGAAUGAUCGAUGCCAAACCAUCGUUGGCCACUGCCUUUAUGAAUGCCCGUGAAAAGGCAAUCGAACUAUUCACUCAACACCUCAAUAUCUACACGGAUUUGCGAACGAUCACUAACAACACUCGUGCCAAACUCUUUGAGAAUGGAAUAUCCAGUGAGGAACUACAAAUUCAAAUCGGAGAGACUCGUUUCUGUUCGGCAAUGAGCAAUCUCUAUCAGCAACUGCUGAAUGUUUGGAAUGCCAAUCUCUCAUUGCAAGAGCUACUCAACGACUACACAACACAGGAUCUUGGUAUCAACAAGCAACGCGAAGAGAUCAAAAAAGAACAAAACAAAUGUAAAAUUCUAACUGUAUUAUUUAAAGAAAAAGAAUCGGAUCUAUUGGUACAGCUAAACAAGCAACAGCUACAGCAGAUGGCACAACAGCACUCUCCAACUCACACACCAAUCGCAUCAUCCCCUGUUUCAUUGAGCUCCCCCUCACUACUGGACGAAACAAAUCGUUUGGCUGGUCAGAUUGAACAAAGAAAAAGAGCAGGAACAAGACCCGAAUAUAUAGACAACAAGAAUUAA